GGCCUGCUGCAGUCCCUGCUUCAGUGCCUUUGACUUCAGUGCCUUUUCAGCUAGCCUGGAUAAAGUGAACAGCUCAUUAUGGCAGUGGUGUUUCUUUCUCUGUAUGUAUGCUUGGCUCUAGCUUUGAGCAACGCAGCUCCAGCCCACCAUGAUGCCAUGAUAAAAGAUGCCCCUGAGAGACAUUCAGAUCCUAAAGGAGAGGACCACCAUGAUGCCAAACUUGACCGGUGUAAAGGCAUUGAGUUUGAUGCCAUCACUCCCGAUGAAAAAGGAAACACUUUCUUUUUCAAAGGUGACCAUUUAUGGAAAGGUUUCUCGGGAUCAGCUGAGAUCUCAAGCAGCAUUUUCAAAGAACUGGAUGACUAUCAUCACCUGGGUCAUGUUGAUGCAGCCUUCCGCAUGCACCAUCAAGAUGAUGCCAAUGUUCAUGACCACAUCUACUUUUUUCUGGGUGACAAAGUCUUUAGCUUUUACAACUACACCCUUGAGAAUGGCUACCCUGUAGAGAUACAGCAGGAGUUUCCUGGUAUCCCCAGCCACUUAGAUGCUGCUGUUGAGUGUCCCAAAGGAGAGUGCAUUACUGAUUCAGUGCUGUUCUUCAAAGGAAAUGAAACUUACAGCUUUGACAUCAAGACAAAGACAGUUAAGAAGAAGAUGUGGACACACUUGCCAAACUGCACAUCUGCCUUUCGCUGGCUAGAGCACUAUUACUGUUUCCAUGGUUACAACUUCACUAGAUUCCAUCCUGUUUCUGGGGAGGUGACAGGAACAUAUCCUAAGGAUGUUCGAAACUACUUCAUGAGGUGUAAAGGAUUUGGUCAUGGAGGUGGUGCAAGAAGACUACGCUGCAGUGAGGUCAAGCUGAAUGCUGUCACCACAGAUGAUAAAGGAAGAUCAUAUGCAUUCCAUGAUGCAAUGUACUUGCGUUUGGACACACACAGAGAUGGCAGUCACCAUUUCCCUAUUUCAAGGUUAUGGAAGGAAAUUUCUGGUGGAGUGGAUGCUGUUUUUUCUUAUGGUGAUAAUAUGUACAUCAUACAGGAUGACCAAGUCUAUAUCUACAAGUCAGCAGCCCAUUAUACUCUCAUAGAGGGCUACCCUAAACCUUUGAAGGAAGAACUAGGCAUCAGUGGUCCUGUGGAUGCAGCAUUUUUGUGUCCAAAACAACACACUGUACAAUUUGUACAAGGUCAAAAGAUGUAUGAAGUUGAUCUUGUGGCCACACCCCGAGUUGUUAAAAAGGAGAGACCUAUUCCUUUCCCUAAAAUUGAUGCUGCCUUCUGUGAUACUGAUGGUGUGAAGGUGUUUAUUGGUCCAGAAUACUAUUCAUAUGAAACCCCAAUGAUUACAGCUCUAAGCAAAAUCAGACCUGAGCCUCAUAAGAUCUCUCCAGAAAAAUUUGGCUGUGAACUAGGCAAGGCAACAGCUUCUGAUGACAAAGUCAUUUUUAUAAGCUAAUGAUUUUGCUGCAUCUAUUAUUGUACUAAUAAAAAUGAUACUUGUCUUGCA